UACCGGCCCCGCCAAAUGCAUCCGGUAUUUGUAGUGGCAGUAGCGGCAGAUUGGACCCGUCACGGGCACGAAGGCUGGAGUGCGAGCGAUGUAGCAUCCAUUUCUCGUAGCCUCCGAUCUGCCUCUCUCACUCAGUGCUUCUCUUUACCUCUUAGGCGGACUCGUUUGUCCCGUGGUGUCGUGAAUUUGUUGCUGCGUGCUCGCCAUUGUCGCAAUCACGUCCAGGCUUGUGGCCUUGAGUUGUGUGUCUUCUGCAUCGGUGCCGCGAUGGGAAUCUUUUUGGACGAGCCCAAGUUCCCUGUCAUCGAGCGCAACCCUACGGCGUCGUCGACGAUUUCCAACUUCAGCUUCAGCGACUAUGUCCGCAUCGCAGCCUUCACCGGUGGUUCUCUUCCCGUCGGUUACCUCGCUGGUGGGAGUGUGAACAUCAGGGGGCCGUCCAUGUACACGGCGGGAAUUAUAGGGCUGAUGGGAGGGUUCAUGUAUGCGUACCAGUGCUCUGCUGGAAGGCUGAUGGGCAUGUUCCCUAAUGACGAUGAGGUUGCACGCCACAACCGUUAAGAAGCUCCACACAGUUCUUAUCUGGCGUUUCGAGCGGGGUGGACGAUUUUCGGCGUCUCGCCAAUAUCUCGUAGAGUUUCUUUAGGUUCGAUCUGCAACAAUUGUAGCAGCGUUAGUGAAAUGCUUUAUUAACUGCUGCCAUCAUGGUGGCUGUCUUUCUCUACGUUAUUAUCGUCAUGUUGUGUUGAUAAUCACUAGGAAUCCUAUCUACAUUCGAGGCACUGAAUACUGGUCCUCUGUUUGUCUUCCAGUGAAAGUUUUUAGUGUAGAAAAAUAUGUCUUCCUCGGUGUAUGUGAAUGAUUGAUGCUUAGUUUCGAUUCUAAUGAGUGGUUCUGAGACUCUGUCCGCGUAGGAGGGCUUGCAGACCGGUGGGGAUCGUUCAUGAAAGUCCUUUACGAUGAAAUCAUAGGAUGUCGUCGGUGAGAUUUGCAGUUAGGUGUCUGACGAAAGUGCCUGGAGGGAUGUAAUGUGUUUCAGCGUGGUAGAAUCGUGGUAUCAUGUUUUGAAAGGAACCCUACUCUGUCUGGGGAAAUAGAACUUUUGGCAAGUCUGCCAUGGGUUAUGACAUGGAGUCAUGCUCACGCCUUCUUCACUGGUCAUUGGCGGGAUCGUCUCUUGCAGUGAAAAAGUUGGCCAGGAUUGAUGCCACUGGCGUUCCUUGAUCGCUCCUUGGUCACUGUUUUGUUGAUAAUGGCCGGAAGUUUUGAAGUUCAACAGCUCGGACACAACACAAUCAACAUGGAGGACAAAGACCGACAGUGGCAACGCAAUUCUGUGACAGUGUCUAGUUCGAAACACCUGUCGCCGGGAGGUGUGCUUCACUGCUGUUGCGUAGCAGGCUUGGUCUAAAUUUACUUUACAAGGCUGCCUUUCUUCAAUUUGCUGCGAUUUCCUCUUGAAACAGUCGCCAACAAUAUGAGCUACAGCAGGAUAUUUCCACUGAAGUAGUUGAGGAGAAUCUUCCAAUUCCGCAUGCGCAAAUCUCUGUUAAGUGGCCAUCCGUGAUAAUGUAAUGUUAGUCUUCCACAGCA